UAAUCAUUUCAAAUCGUAUUUUAAUUUGUUAUUCAUUGUCGACAUAUUGUACAUCAUGGUAAUGACAUGUUUAUGCGCUAGCAGCGUAUUAAUGGCCAAUGGUUUUUCAGCGUUUCAUAUAAAAAUGAUGUCUCUUCUCAUAAUAGUGGUGUCUCAAUUCUUCUUCUACUGCUUGAUUGGCGAACAAUUCUCGACAAUGAACCAACAAAUUGGAGAUUGCGUCUAUUUUAAACUAGUCAAAUGUAAGGAUCCAAAGUUGUCUCGGGCUGGUCUUUUAAUAAUUCUGAGAACACAAAAACCGUUACAAUUAACUGCGAUGGGCAUCACCAAGUACUCAGCUUCGCUGUUCACAUUUACAGUUACGAUGAGAUCUGCUUACGCAGGACUCAAUGUGUUAUACAAUUCUUCAUAAGAUAACAUCAAAUUUCAACAUCCAGGCACUUAUGUAUUUUUUAUAGCAAGUGGCACAACAGGCACAU